UCAUUCUACACGCAGGCAGCUAGCUAGUCUAGAGAGUGAAAGCCAAUAGUACAGGAGAAGCAGAGCUGGCCGGCAAAUAUCUUCCACCGGCCGGCCCUCUCUUCUCCGAUGGAUCAGGCUCCCCAUGGGGCAGCCGCUUCACUAGACCUGUCCCUGACCCUGGCCCCCGUGACACCGCCAUCACCAGCAGCACCCCCAUCCUCCUCCUUUUGGGCUGAAGGAGACGCCGCUGCCGGCCACGGCGGCCAUGGUGGCCAUGCCGGCGAAGGGAGAUCGAGGCGGCUGUUCUCGUGCCUCUUCUGCGACAAGAAGUUCCUCAAGUCUCAGGCGUUGGGGGGCCACCAGAAUGUGCACAAGAAGGAGCGGGCCGGCAGCUGGAACCCCCACCUCUACCUCCAAUCCGACCACGGCGACCGGCCGGCCACCGCGGCAGCACAGGCGCCUGCGAGAUGGCCAAACACGCGCCUUGACGACGGCGAGAAGCAGUUGCAGCAGCAGCAGCAGCUUGAUCUCAAGUUCUCAACCUCAAGCUUUAAUUAGCUAACUCGUGUGUACGUUUUUACUUUUUUUUUGCGGGGUGUAUGUACGUUUUUACUAUCUUCCUUUCCAUCUUCUUAUCCACCUUAAACUAGCUAGUGUGUGCGCGCGCGCACUGAACGUAUUCGGAUGUUCGUUCUGUACUGUACAUAUACUUUGGUUCUUAGUAUUACCUAUGGUCU